AUGCUUCGCUCUUCACCUCUCCCGUUCCCAUGCUUCACUCUUCACCUCUCCCGCACCCAUUCCUCCACAGAGCAACGCCGCAGUGUUGGACAAACACCGGGGCAAACGGGGAUCGUGGUGAAGCCCCGGGCUCCUCACCACUUCCCUCCUCUUACUACCCUCCUAUACUCGUCCUUCUCUUUCCACGCAACUUCGCAGUUGUUGGACGAGGCAACGGGGAUCGUGGUGAAGCGCCGGGCGGAUCGGCACUUUGAGGAGGAGGGGCCAAUCCUGUGCCGCCACCUGGACGGCCUCAAGAUCCCUGGAUUCCCGGACUACCAAGUCAGCAUCAAAUAUGCCACAGAGCACAGGUGCGGCGUGGUGGUUCGGGGCCCGGGUCUGUCUGACAGGAUCGGUGGCACCGACCCUCUGAAGGACGGGCGGGCGCUAGGUGUCGCGACGCCAUUGGACGACAGCCCGGAGGCAGACCUGACGGCUCGUGUGGUGAACGCUCUGAGCGAUGCGAUUCGGGCAGAAUUGAAAAAUCAUCCAAUCAACGCGCAGCGGGCAGCGCAGGGAAAGAAUGUGGCAAACGUGGUUCUUCUGAGAGGCUGCGGGAUCCGAAUUGAGGUGCCGUCAUUUAAGGAGAGGCACGGUAUGCGAGCCUGCAUGGUGGCCCCAACCAAGAUCAUCGCAGGCCUGGGACUCAGCCUCGGAAUUGACAUCCUGCACGUACCUGCAGCCACGGGCGACUACCGAACCUGCCUCGCCUCCAAAGCUGAGGCCGUAGCUGCCGCCCUGUCCACCUUACCUCCCCAUCCUGCUCCAGCCAAGCCCGAACCAACUGACCGAACCGACCAGAACGGUCAGAUCAAUCCGAUUGCUCCGAUCGGUCGAUCUGCACCGUUGAUUUCGGUUCCUGGGGAAGAUGAUCCGAGGGAAGGAUGCCCUGAGGGGUACGAGUUUGCUUUUCUGCACAUCAAGGCAGUGGACGAUGCCGGGCACGACAAGGCCAUUGAUCUCAAGGUGCGCGCGCUGGAGGCCGUUGAUCGCAUGGUGGGCCAGCUGGCGCACCGCCUGUGGCUGGUGCAGAAAGAGGGGGGGCAGGAAGAAGAGCAGCAGCAGGGGGGUAAUCAGGAGGGUAAUCAGGAGGAACACGAGAAGCAGCAGCAGCGGUGGGAGCAUCGGCCAAGGUUCUGCCUGUGUGUGACAGGCGAUCACUCCACGCCCAUUCUAUACGGCGACCACACAGAGGAGCCAGUUCCUCUAGCCAUCUGUGACCUCUCUGACUUCAUCCACACAGUGCCAGGAGGCGAGGCUGCUGUACUGGGUACAGAUCUGAGCCCCUUCCCCAUCCCCACCGCAGCCACUGUGGCUGCAGAGGGUGUCGCUGGGGCAAUCGGUGGAGUGAGGGAUAGAAAGGGGGAAGGAGGAGUGGAAGGAGUGAAGACGGUGCGAGGGGUGGCUGGUUCUGUGGCCGGGGAUGGUGUGUCCAGGUUCAGUGAAUCUGCGGCGGCCAAGGGGAACCUGGGCCGGUUUCCAGGGAGUGAGAUGAUGCGCAUCAUUAAAUGGUGGUCAGGGCGGGGAUGCUAG